AAAGGGCACCUAUUAUGCCCCUUUUUACAAGAUAUAAUAAUGGUCUUGGGUGUCCCCAGAAUGUAUUUGUGAAGUUUCAGCACAAAAUACCCCACAGUUAAUUUAUUAUAACCAUUUGAAAAUGUCAUUUUUGGGGCCUGUUUUAAAAAGAGCUGUUUUGGUGUGUACCACCUUAAAUAUAAAUGAGCUGCAUAUCCCCGCCCUGCCUUUGGAUGAGGGCGUAACUGGCACACCUAUUACAAUGAGCGAUCGGUAUCGGUAGAAGCAGAAUGGCUGAGAGUGGGAGACCCGCUGUUUUGUAUGGCAUUCAGCCGUAUAUGUUUGAACCAGAAUCAGACCCAGAUGAUGAAGAGACUCCGGCAGAAGAAACACAAAUGAGAAUGGAGCAGGACGUCUCUGAAUGGUGUUUAUGUGGCAAAUGUGAGAAGAUGGCUACAGAACCAGAAAAUAUAUGCUGCAGGGAGAUAGAACAGGUUACAAGACGGAUGCAACAACUUGAAGUCACUCCAUCAUGUAUGGUAGACCAUCCCGGAAUGGAUCCAGUUUGUUUAAAUGUGUUUUCGUUACAAAACGCUUUUAACAUUUACAGGGCUGACUAUGGUCCCCUGCGACUUCGUGGAGUACAACAUCGUUACAGAUUUUUAGCUUAUCGGAGUUUUGUGAGCUGGUGCUGGGGUUUCCUUGGACGAAAAGUUCGAGUUGUGAUUCCAUCCUGUGUGGUCCUGAGGAUUCGAAGAGAGUUUCCUGAUGCCCAGGGUAGUUAUGUAGGUUUUCGACCACCUAUUGAUUAAACCGAGAUACCCUACUAGAGAUGGCCUCCU